AAAAGAAAAGCGAAAGAAAAAUAGUCUUCGUUUGGGUUUCUUCUUCUUCAGGCAUCCGAAGCAAAUAGGGGACGAGAGUGAAGGGAGAAGGGCGGAACACUCCUCACAGUCCUCGGUGGUUGGAGGAGGAGGAGGAGAAGAAGAAGAAUCAGACGACAAGAGUCGUCAGAAUGGUUUCCAUCUCAACUUGGGCCCGGUACAUUGUGCAGAAGCUCGAUUACUCCGUCGUCGUUGGCUUCAAGAACUACAAAAGUGGCCACAUCACUGAUGCACAAUUAGGAGAUGUCAUAUGGAAGAAUCUAUUUCAGGGGAAGUUGACAUACUUGCAUUGGAAUAAAGGUGAAGAAAUGGCUUCUGGACUCGGCAGUCUGGUGGGAACUCUUCUUGUUCGGAGGAUACCUCAUGCAACUCCACAGCGUGUUUUUGUUGGAGAUGUUGUGGUUUUGAAGGACCCUGAGAGGACAGAGGAUUUCCUAGUGAGACGAUUAGCUGCUACUGAGGGGUAUGAAAUGGUUUCUACUGAUGAAAAGGAGCAACCUUUCAUUCUCAAAAGAGAUCAGUGCUGGGUACUUGCUGACGACAAAAAGUUGAAGCCUAAGAAACUUGUUCUCCUUAUAAUGCCAGGAAGCAAAGGACAGUCGAACAUUUGGGCCAGUAUCAAUGGCUGGUAUAGUAGGCAGAGUUAUUUAUUGCCUGAGGACAGCUGUGGACCAUGGACCAGUGAGAAACAGUCGCUUUGGCAUGAUGAAGGAUUCGCCCAUUUUAGAAGUUGAGCUGGACGUAGAUGAGAUGGCCAAGAGCAACAAGGCAUGAGAUCCUUUGCCUUGUAUAUAAAAAUCUCUCAGCUCGUUCAGGUUUCCUGCAAAUCUUGGUUAUUUGUUGCUGCCCUUUGUUUUCUCCUUCUCUUAGGCUGUCCUUUUUCCUACAUCGAGAAUUGGAGAAAAUAAGGAACAUUGCAACUUAUCGACAUUUUUGGGAAGGCAAUGUUCAGUUUAGCUUUAUUUAUGCCGUAAUCUAGGGUUGAGAAAUAUAUAUGAUCUCCCUAUGCUUCUAUUUGUUGUAAUUGAGCUAAUUUAGUCGUGCAUGCUCGGAUUCUCUAGAAGGUUUUUAAUCUUAAUAAAAUUGAAUCCAUCUUUUGAAUUUCAAGCCUA